AUGUCAAAUGUAAAUAUACCUUCCUCCCCAUUUUCGAAAUGGUAUAAUACUCUCCAUACCUGGUGGAGCUCAACACCCACAAUCUCCUACGCGCAGCUCCCCCAAACACCACAAUCGAACCCCCCACCCCCAGCUACAAUGGAAACAGAAACAGCUCGACCACCAAAACCCCACUGGCGCAUAUACUGGUUCGCUCUCGUACUCUGCUCCGGCGGAGCCUUAUUCGGCUAUGACUCGGGGGUAAUUGGCGGUGUCCUAACCUUCAGAACCUUUCAAACCUCCUUCUCAAUCCACCCCUCCAGCAAAACCCACACAAGCGCCAUCGCCGUAGGAAUCCAACAAGCCGGCGCCUUCACCGGCUGUUUCCUAAUCUGGCCAAUAACAAACCACUACGGCCGUCGCGUCGCGAUGGCUCUCUGCUCUGCGAUUUUCACUCUGGGCGUAAUCCUCGAAACCAUCGACUCCCACUCCCUCCCCGUGUUCUAUCUUGGCCGCGUAAUCUGCGGACUAGGCGUCGGCGGGUCCGCAACCGUGAUCCCAAUCUACAUGUCCGAGAUGAGUCCGAAGGAGAUCCGGGGGAGAUUGGGGAGUUGUUAUCAGCUCACAUACACGGUAGGGAUCCUUGUUUCGUAUUGGGUUGAUUAUGGGGUUAAGAUGAUGGGGGAGGGGGUUGGGGCGCGACAGUGGCAGGUUCCUGUUGCUUUGCAGCUUGUGCCGGGGGUUUUGAUGGGGGUUGGGAUGUUGGGAGUGAAAGAGAGUGUGAGGUGGUUGCUUGCAGUGGGGAGGGGGGCGGAGGCGUGGGAGAGUCUUGUUUGGGUGAGGGGUGGGGAGGGGGGGGGGGUUCGAGGGGAGUUUGAGGAUAUGAAACGGGGAGUGGAGGUAGAGAGGGAGGUUACUGAUGGGUUUAGGGUUUGGGAGUUAGUCGAAGGGGGGAAUUUGAAGAGGAUGGGGAUUGCUGGUGGGUUGUUUCUUGCGCAGCAGUCGACGGGAUCGACGGCAUUGGCGUAUUUCGGGCCGCAGUUUUUCGAGCUGCUUGUUGGGGCUGGGAACCGGACACUUUUAUUGACAGGGAUUUUUGGCGCGAUCAAGGUCGUUGCUUGUUUGAUUUUUGUGGUGUUUUUGUCCGAUCGGUUUGGGAGACGACCGCUGUUGGGUGGUGGUGCGGCGUUUAUGGCGGUUUGUAUGAUUGCCACUGCAGCGGUUGUCAAGUCUUACCCCCAGCCUGGAGAUGGGACGGUUACUUCUUCGGGAAUUGCCACGGUUGCCUUGAUAUACCUCGAUAUCAUCGCUUACAACUUCAGUUGGGGUCCAUUGCCGUGGCCGUGUGCGAGUGAGAUCUUCCCGACGCGCAUCCGUGAGCCUGGUGUUGCGUUCGGUGUUGGGUCACAAUGGUUGUUCAAUUUUGUUUGGAGUUUCUCGACACCGUACAUUCAGCAGAGUCUGGGAUGGGGUACAUUCUUGCUCUUUGGAUUGCUGGAUGUGGUGAUUGUGGGCUUUACCUACUUCUGCCUGAAGGAGACGGCUGGCAAGUCUCUCGAGGAGAUUAAUGGGUUGUUUGGUCGAGUUGAUCCGGAUGCUGAGCAUGGGUGGAAGGAUCUAAAUGAUGAUGCUGCAUCGCAUGUACCUGCUGAAAGACAUCAAGAUGCUCAGAUUGAUGCCAAACCACUGCAGUCCAAGCAUCGGACUGCGCAUGUCGAGUCAACCGCUGGACGGCCUUGA